UCAUGCUGCUGCCAGGUCCAGAGUCUCUCAUGGGUCCCUGUACGGCCUCCCAUUGCUGCUGUCUCCAUCGCCACACUCUGCCAUGUGCCACUUUCAGGUCUCCUCACACUGCUGGUGUGUUCCAUUUUUUGUCAUAGGGUGCUGGCAGAUUACGGGCCUCCCAUAGCUGCUGCCAGGCCCCUAAUCUGCCAUGGGCCCUAUACCGCCUCCUCAUGCUGCUGCCAAGUCCAGAGUCUCUCAUGGGUCCCUGUACGGCCUCCCAUUGCUGCUGUCUCCAUCGCCACACUCUGCCAUGUGCCACUUUCAGGUCUCACACACUGCUGGUGUGUAGAAUUUUUU